CUGAGCUGGUGCCGCUGGUCGCGCCCGCCUGCCUCUCCCCACCGCGCCUCUCACCCCCCUGUGAUGCCCCCAUACUGUACCCGGCCCCCUGACCGCACGCCCCCGACGAACUACCAUACACCACGGACUUCUAGUGGCAAAUGGACUAGUGCUUUUCAUCAUCGAGGAAGUCAAAGAAAAAAUACUCUCAGACAUUACUCAAAAGCUCUGGUGUCAUUUAGAAUUGAUGAUAAACAAAAUACAAGAAGAUUGCAAACAACAACCACACAUAACAAGAGCGUUGCCUUCAAAUUAUCGGAUAUUGGCGAAGGUAUACGAGAAGUUGUAGUUAAAGAAUGGUUCAUCAAAGUAGGAGACAAAGUUCAGCAAUUCGACAACAUCUGUGAAGUCCAGAGUGAUAAAGCAGCGGUAACAAUCAGUAGCCGAUACGACGGUGUAGUCACUAAACUAUACUAUGAAGUUGAUCAAACAGCUCUAGUCGGUCAACCUCUAGUUGACAUAGAAGUAGAGGAUGCAGAAGAAGAUUCGUCUCAAAAGAGUGCUGCUCCUGAAAGAACUAAAGAAGUUCCGAAAACAGAAGUUAAAAGUGAACGGAUCAAGGUAUUGACAACACCAGCUGUAAGAAGAAUUGCAGCACAGUUCAACGUAGACUUGAUUAACAUAAACGCCACUGGUAAAAACGGAAGAGUACUUAAAGAAGAUGUUUUAUCCCAUCUUAAUAUGAGUUCUGAUAAAUCUAACGAUAUACCACAAAAUGACUUGUCAGUUGAAGCUUUAUCAAUACCUGUCACAACUGGUUUUGCUAGAAUGGAAACUGAAGUGGAAGAUAAAAUAGUUCCCAUUACAGGCUUUACAAAGGCUAUGGUAAAAUCUAUGACAGAAUCUAUGAAAAUACCUCAUUUUGUAUUUAGUGAUGAAUACGAUGUAACAAAAUUAGUAGAAUCAAGAGAGCAUCUAAAAAUUAUGGCUCAAAAUAGAGGAGUUAAAUUAACCUAUAUGCCCAUAAUAAUAAAAUCCGCGUCGCUGAGUAUUGCUAAGUAUCCAAUAAUCAACAGCAGUCCGGACAGCAAUUGUGAAAACAUUAUAUACAAAGCCAGUCAUAAUAUUGGAGUGGCGAUGAAUACUCCCAACGGCUUAGUGGUGCCAGUUAUAAAGAACGUUCAAAAUAAAAAUAUUAUUGAAAUAGCGAGAGAACUGAAUUCGCUCCAAGAAAAAGGCUCUAAAGGACAACUUGGCUUUAAUGAUCUAACUGGAGGAACGUUCACUAUUUCAAACAUUGGAAUUGUUGGCGGAACUUACACAAAGCCUGUAAUAUUUUCUCCACAAGUGGCAAUUGGUGCUUUAGGAAAGAUUCAGGUUUUGCCUAGAUUCGAUUCGGAAGGUAAUAUAGUAAAGGCUCACAUAUUAUCUGUGAGUUUCGCAGGUGACCAUAGAAUUAUCGACGGUGUCACUAUGGCAAGUUUUUCGAAUCAACUAAAGGAAUAUCUAGAAAACCCACAAGUACUACUUUUAGAUCUGUGA